AUGCAAGUUGCAUUUGCCCAGUCACAUCUGGCAGGACGUGCCAAGACUUGGGCACAGGGGCUCAAGUUGCACGACCCAUAUGCGUUUGGGUCGUUAGCAGUCUUCAAGUCGCGGCUCAGACAAACGUUUGAACCGCCUAGAGCUGAGUUCAGAGCUCGAACCGAACUCUUGAAGCUCAAACAUGGUAAGCGUGAUGUACACGCUUACGCGCAACAUUUACGACACCUCACGAGUUGUAUAAGUCCGGUGGAUGAACACACGUUGGUUUCGGUGUUCAUGCAGGGUCUUGCGGAUGUUCCCGUCAAGACUCACCUGUUCCGGCUUGAGCUAGAUUCACUAGAACAAGCCAUUUCCAUUGCGGAACAGGAAGACUUCAGUCUGAGACAGGCUCGCGCCAGCUCGACAUCAUAUCGUCAACCGAGACGAUAUGACAACGGAGGUCCAGAGCCGAAGGAACUCUGUUAUGCAGAGAGCGAGAAGGCUCGCUCUACAGACUACAAGAAGUUGCAGAAAUGCAACAGAUGUCAGAAGACAGGACACUACGCUUACGAGUGUAGUGCCCCUCGUCCAGUGUCUCGCAACACUGGGCGUAGUGACCGUCCACCCAUGAGAAAGGGGCAGGGACGCGGGUCCGCUGUUGGUGUAAAGACGCAACAACGGGAUGGACCGUCAAAAAACGGACAGGAUCAGUAG